GCAUCCCCCGCGUAGAGCGCGGCCUCGCGCAGGGGCCAUCGUCGUAGGUGUCAGGUUCCCGGGGCGGUGAACAAAGAGAAGAGGGCCGGGCGCCCCGCCACUUAGCCCGAGGCUCUGCACCCACCCGUGUCGUCCCCACGCAUGGCUUGUGCCGUUGGUUCUCUCCCUCAGCGCCCUGAAACGACAGAAAAAAGCCAUCCGGUUCCAGAAGAUUCGGAGGCAGAUGGAGCCGCCGGGGGCGCCGCCCAGGACUCUGACGCGGGAGGCCAUGGCCCAGAUCCGGUAUUUACGUGAAGAAUUUCCAGAGUCCUGGUCAGUUCCCAGAUUGGCUGAAGGCUUUGACGUUAGCACCGAUGUGAUCAGAAGGGUUUUAAAAAGCAAGUUUGUGCCCACAUUGGAGCGGAAACUGAAGCAGGACCAAAAUGUCCUUAGGAAAGCUGGGCUUGCUCACUCGCUCCGCCAGCUUCCAGGCUCCGUGGAUACCGGGAAGCUGCUCUCUGUGUCAGGAGGUGAAGCCUCAUCCCAAGGCCAAGGUCACAGCACAGCUUUGAAGGUGAUAGAACCAAAUAUUCACAGUACAAACACACCAAGGAGACAGAAGGAAAGGAAUAAAGGAAUCCAGGGCCUGGAAAAGGAGAGCUUUGUGCCUGUUGCUGCAGCCCGAGGUCAUCAGCGAGAGCUGCAGAAGUCCUCCACCUGUGACAGUGAGGGCACUAGGGGCACCAACAGUGAUGGACUGCCAAGUGCGAAGAAACUGGAAAAGUUGAAGGCAGGAGAACUGGGUGACCAGAACUUCAGCAGCAAAGUAGUGCAGAGGGGGCGAGAGUUCUUUGAUGACAAUGGAAACUUCCUGUACAGAAUCUGAACUGGAGCCUGGCUUGUGGAGGUGGCAUGUCAAAUACAGCUGGGCAAGUGUAUUUGAGCUGCCUGGAUUUCUGUGUAUUGAUUAUCCACCUUGGAAUAAGAGGAAGCAAGGAGUCCGAAAAUGGAGGAAAGGGACAGUGGGCUUCACAGGGCAGAAGUGUAUGGGGGCAGCGUGAAUUACUGGCUUGGUAUAGUCUAGCUUCCUGGAGCAUGGCUCCUGGCCUGACCCAUGUGAAUAUUCAGUACUUACCUUCUUCCUUAGCCUCCCUGUGUGUCAAAACCAGCCUGUGUUGCAUGUGUUAGGAGUUUCUGUUAUACUUGCAAUAUGUGUUUAGGGGGAUUGAAGUUUGCCUUCUGACUUUAUUUACUUCUUGAUUAAUGAACACUAACAGUCCUGGAACUGCUUAGUCAAUUGGUAGUAUUCAUUAUGUGCAAAAUAAAGUGAAAUGUAGCAGUG